AUGGGAAUUUCUCCUGGUCAUAGACCUCAACAAUGCGCUAGUAAAUACACUUGUGCGAAAUGUAAUCGUAAGCACAAUACUCUUCUUCAGUUUAACAACUGGAACUCAGCGAAUGACUCGGUUGCUCCCACACAAGAGAGUAACUUAAUGAGUCCUAACGUAAACAAUUCUCAAAUUACGUCUAUUUCACAAAAUAAUCAAAAUACUCCAGUAAAUAAUGAUCAGUCUACGGUGAUAAGGGAGGGGCAUCAUGUCCUUCAGAAUAAUAAAUCUAUUUGUCUUUUAAAUAAUCACGAUGGGAUUCCAGGUACCACUUUACUUGUCACGGCAGUUCUUGAAUUGAAAGCAGACAAUGGUAAAUGUGAAAGUUUUCGAUUAUUGAUGGAUCAAGGAUCUGAAUGUAGUUUUAUAUCGGGAAGAGUUUUGAUUAUAUUAAAACCCAUUUGUCAUAAAAUUACCGGAGUAUAUGGUGUAGGUGGAGAAUUCUUCGGUAACGCUAAAAGAGUAUUUCAAGUAUGGUUACGUCCGAAGGAGUCAAAGCGUACUCCUAUUCCAUUACAAGAACUCGUCUUUUUCAAUUCAACUUCAUACGCUCCUCCCAAAUUGCUAGAUCAGGCAAAUCUAAGGGAAUUAAGAAAUUUCAGCUUAGCGGAUCCCGAUUUCUUUGAAUACAAUAGAAUAGAUGUUAUUUUGGAAGCAGAUCGAUCUGUAUCCUGCCUACUACCUAGAUUAAAACAAGGUAUUCUCGGUUCCUUAACAGCCCAAGAUAGUCUUUUUGGAUUGAUAUUAUCAAGACCUAUUCAACAGUCUGAAAUAGGUCGUUCAAUCUCAGCCUGUCAUUGUACGGCUUCAGAACUACACGAUAAUUUAUCUCGUUUCUGGGAGAUGGAAGAACCUCUUUCCUCAUCCUCUUUGACUGAGGAUGAAAUUCACUGCGAGGAGCAUUUCGUUGCUAAUUGUACUCGAUUGCCCUCCGGUCAGUAUAUGAUCAGAUUACCCUUUCGAAAUGGUCCUCCCAUCGAAAUCGGUAAUUCCUUGUGUAGAGCUAAAAUUAUUUUAGAAAAGAAUCUAGCCCAAUUAAAAAAUGAACCCGAACUUCAAUCUGAAUACUCAGCUUUUAUGUCUGAACAUAGACAAUUAAGCCAUAUGGAACUGGUCAAAGAUUUUACUGAAUCGGAUUCUUCUCAAACUGUAUACCUACCUCAUCAUACUAUCAUUCGAGAUAGUAGUUCUACUACUCAUUUACGUGUAGUCUCUAAUGCCUCAAGCCUCACUUCUAAUGGCUCUUCUUUAAACUCGCACUUGCAUAUUUGUCCGAAAUUAUUAACCGACUUAAUUUCAAUCAUUUUACGUUGGCGCAUGUCGCAAUUUGUUUUUGUAGCCGACGUUGAAAAAAUGUUCCGACAGAUUAAAGUUGAUCCACGUGACUGUGAUUAUCAGCGUGUCUUAUGGAGUUCACCAGAAGGUAAUCUCGAAGCCUGGCGAUUAACCACCGUCACAUAUGGGGAGCUUGUGCCACGUACCUGA